UCAAGCAUAUACUGAGAUGGCUGGUAGAAUAGCUACUUUGAUUAAAUCAACCUCACUGUAAGAAAGUUUAGUUUUCUUAGGGGGUUCGCUUCGCCUCCUUUCUACAGUGAAAAUGGCAGAAAGAACUCCUUUACUACAUUACCGACUGACCAGCUCCGCAGCAGGGGAUGUGGCUGAAGCGGUCGGGGUGCAGUUGGUUAAACCAGCGCCACGGUCCGGCUCCCCAAAGCUUGGAGUGAUGUUUGGAGUUGUCAUCCCCACUUUACUGUCUAUGUUUAGCGUCGUGGUUUUCCUGCGAAUUGGAUUUGUUGUGGGUCAGGCAGGACUAUACCAGUCCAUCACCAUGUUCCUGGUGGCCUACUUUAUCAUCACAAUGACUGUUCUCUCCAUUUGUGCCAUUUCCACUAAUGGGGCUUUAGAGGCCGGUGGGGCCUACUACAUGAUUAGUCGAGCCCUGGGUCCUGAAUUCGGUGGCAGUAUUGGCAUCAUGUUUUUUCUUGCCAAUGUCUGCGGAUGUGCUCUGUAUAUUUUGGGCUUGGUAGAGGCCAUCAUGUCUACCUUUGGAGUGCCAGGAGAGAGUACAGCGGCUUUAGCAGCUCUUCAUCAGAAGUUGCCUUCAGGAUACUGGUGGUGCUUGUUGUAUGGCACUAUCCUCCUAUUUCUGUGUUUUGUAGUCUGUUUGGUGGGAGCCCACAUUUAUGCCAAAGCUACUUUCAUUAUCUUUAUCAUCGUCCUGACCGUUCUGGUUUCCAUCCUGAUCAGUUUUUUCAUUGUGAAGCCCACUGCCGUGAUCCUUCCAGAAACCUCUCUAAGCAACAAUAACAGCAGAAGGACUGCUAACUAUACUGGCCUCUGGCUCCAUACAUUGAAGAACAACCUAUUCUCUAAUUACACAGUUGAUUACACCACUGGUGCCAUGAUGAGUUUUGCCCGCGUGUUUGCAGUCAUGUUCAACGGGUGCACUGGAAUCAUGGCAGGCUCCAACAUGUCAGGUGAUCUUAAAAACCCCAGCUACUCCAUUCCAAGAGGAACGCUUGCAGCUGUUUUCACAACCUUCAUUGCAUACAAUCUGCUGAGUCUGCUGGCUGCAGGAUCCUGUGACCGUUCCCUUCUUCAGAACGAUUACAGCUUUCUGGGAGACAUCAAUGUAUGGCCUCCUAUGGUGACGGUAGGGAUCUACUCCUCCGCUAUGUCUGCUGCAAUGAGUAACCUUAUAGGAGCCUCCAGGAUCCUGUAUGCUCUGGCCAAAGAUAACUUGCUGGGUGGUGUCCUGGCACCAGCAAGGAGAACAUCUCAAAGUGGGAACCCCUGGGUUUCUGUACUCAUCUCCUGGUUGCUCGUGCAGGUGGUGCUGUUUGCUGGCAAAUUGAAUACCAUAGCUGGGAUUGUAACAAUCUUCUUUUUGUUGGUGUAUGCUGCUGUUAACCUGGCCUGUUUGGCCCUUGAAUGGGCGUCAGCACCAAAUUUCAGACCAUCUUUUCGUUGUUUCACAUGGCACACCUGUACUCUUGGCAUCUUUGGCUGCCUGGUUAUGAUGUUCUUGAUCAGCUCCAUUAAUGCUUUUGCCAGCAUUGCAUUUAUGCUGCUCCUCUGGUUGCUCAUACACUACCUUGGACCCAUCAGCAACUGGGGCUACAUUAGUCAAGCUCUUAUCUUCCACCAGGUGCGCAAGUAUUUGCUGCUGCUCGAUGUGCGGAAGGACCAUGUAAAGUUCUGGAGGCCACAGGUGUUGUUGAUGAUCGCAAAUCCUCGCACCUGCAUAAGUCUCAUGACUUUCAUCAAUGACCUAAAGAAAAGUGGCCUGUACGUUCUGGGACAUGUAAAGCUUGGGAUGCUUGAUGGUUUGCCAGCUGAUCCCCUGCAGAGCUGUUAUGAUUCAUGGCUGUCCUUAGUGGAUCAUUUAAAAAUCAAGGCAUUUGUAAACCUAACCCUGGCUGACUCUGUUCGGCAUGGAGUUCAGAAUUUGCUCUUCAUCUCAGGCUUUGGUGGGAUGAGGCCAAACACUCUUGUUUUGGGCUUUUAUGAUGAUUGCACACCUGAAGAUUGCCUCACCAGUCAAAUAUCUCCAUCUGUAAACUGUGGCUCUGAGGUUUGUUCGACUGCAGACUCUGGGCAGCAAAGCUCCUUAUUUUUUCCAAGUGUCCGCAGGCCUGAAGAUCCGAAGUACCUUCAGGAAGAGGAAUAUGUGUCCAUUAUUGCAGAUGCUGUUAAAAUGGGGAAGAACGUGGCUCUUGCACGUUAUUUUAAUCAGUUCAGCCGGGAGGAAGUCUUGGGCUACCAAAGCUCCGGGGGACCAUUUGUAGACUUGUGGCCCCUUAACCUACUUCAUCCAGACAGCCAUGGAUAUGUGAAUGUCUGCUCCCUGUUCUUGCUACAGCUAGCUUGCGUCCUUCGUGAAACCCGGGCCUGGAACCAGGCAAAACUUCGCCUCUUCCUGUGCGUGGAAGCAGGCUGUACGCUGCCAGAAGAUGAGGAGAGGAAGCUCCAGAAGAUGCUGAUGGAACUUAGGAUAUCGGCUCAGGUCCACACGGUGGUUUGGGACCAGGUGGUGGCCAUGCACUGGCAGAGACAAGGAGGGAGGGGAGGAGAGGGAGACGGUCCACUGAAUGAUGAGGCGAGGUUGAAACCAGAAGGGGACCAGGAUGGUGAUCAAAGGUUCCCAAGUAACACCUCUCAUUUAACAAAUGAAUAUAUCUGUGCCGUCAAUAAUCUGAUUCAUGGCCAUGGCUCCCCUAGGCCAGCUGUGCGUUUCUUGUAUUUGCCCCACCCACCAGCAGAUGCUAGCCGUUAUCAUGCUUACCUUUAUCAACUAGAUCUGUUGAGUCGGGACCUUGGCCCAACGCUGCUCAUCCAUGGAAUCACUCCUGUUGUCACUACAGACCUCUAGAAGUUUUUAUCAGCAUUGCUAUAAAGUUAAAUAAAGUCAAAUAAUUUUAAGAUCAUGGGAAAGAUUACGUUAUACAGCAUUUCUUAGAUUAAGCCUGAUUUUAAUUUUAAAAAUUUCUUUGACUAUGAAAACAUUGUGCACUUUCCUUUUUUUUUUUUUUUUAAACUGAGCAAAG